AUAUAUCCCUUCUCAACUCAGUCGUCAAAUUUUCUUGAGAAAGGGGAGACGUGUGUUAAAAACAGUUUGCGCCUUAUAAAAUAAAACGGAACGUUUUUGGAGUUUUUUAUUCAUUUAUUUUUUUAGUUCGAACAAUUUCUAACCAAAAAAACAAAACUAAUAAGACAUUGCAUUUUGAUUUAAUCUCUCAAAUGAACGUGUAACGUGAUUUGGAACAUUUAUAUAUACGAAAAAGAGAAACAAAAAGUGGGUAAAGACAGCAAUCAAAGAGCCAACUAACGGAGAUCCAAAAGAAAAUAUACCACACACACUUGAAAAAGUGAAACAAAAGAAAGACGCCAAAAAAAAAAAGGAACAAUCUUUUUCUUCUUGAACUCCACGUGAAAGUGGGAGCGAGCGAUUUAUCUACGCCUCACGAUAUAGAAAAAGAAAACUGCCAAGUAGUCUACACAGAUCCGAUCAUCUAUAUGUAUGUGCAUGCAUACCGAAACACACACAUUCGUCAGUGUAUAUGUAGUGCGCUCUAAUUGUUGUACGGGUUGGUCUCUGUAAAAUAAUUAAAAAAAAAAACAUUUCACUUUUGCUUCCCCCGAACGGCAUUAAACAACAAAAUUAAAGCAAAUUCCAAUUAGCCGACAGACUCUCAUCAAGACGUGGUAAGCAGCCCACAGCCAGAGAAAGAUAGCAAUGAACGGUGAUUGACAUUUAUUUAUUUGCUUAAUAACUGUAACCUAAAAGACUGAAUUAAUUGAAUUAACUACUUUAGUGAGAAACGACAAAAUUAAAAAAAAGUUUUAUAAUAUUUAAGGAAAAUUUAUGCAUAUUUAAUCCACGACGACAUUUUUUGUUUAAAUAUUCAUACACACACACAUCUAUAUUCACUUGAGAGAAAACCGUGAGUAAAUGAUGAAUAAUUAGCACAGCUAAAGCAAAGGAAACAAGAAUAAGAAGAAGCUAACGAAACAAGAAAAAAAAAUACAUAAGUUUAUUUAACAAAAAAAAGUCAUAACGCAAAGUGCAAAAAAGAAGAGGAAAGACACACAAACACACUCAAAGACAGCUGUGCUUGACCGUUCCAAAAAAUUCAUCAAAACACACCGACACACACUUAAAAAUAACAACAAAAAAUAAACUGACCACAAACAAUUUGUGAAGUGAAACAGAAAAACAACAACAACAAGAAGAAGAAAAAGUGUGUGCAAAGUGCUAUAAGAAUCCAAAUAAAGAAAAACGGAAAAACAAAUUCCUGGCAAUAUUAUUCAUUAAAUUAUCGAAAGUAAAGGAAAAUCACAAAUAAUAAAUUAAUCAAGUGAGAAAGAUAGCAAAAGAUAUACUCAAGAUAUUCAAGUGAGAGAGAGAGCGCGUAAUUGAGAGAACGCAAUAAAUCCACACUGACAUCUGAAUCAAAAUAUAAUAAAAGGAAAAUUUGUCUAUAUUUUUUUUGGUGAAAAGAUUAAAAGUGUACAAGUGCAAGUGUCGGAAAACAAGCAAAGAAUAAAAAAAUCCAACUGGAAUAACAUCUCCCAAACCCCACGGAAAUUGCUGCAGCCCAAAACGUCAACACACACUGCAAAGACCAUCUCCUCUUUGCGGUGUGUUGUGUUGUAAAUCUGUGGAGGCGUUUGCAGUUUAGCGCAGAGGUGUCUCAAACAUAAUAACGACCACGACGACAAAGACGACGACGACCACAAAACUAAACUUACGAAUAAAACUACAAUAAAAAAUAUUGUAACAGAAACAACACCAACAACGAAUGAAAACAUCCGUCAUCACAUUGUAUUUGUCGUAAAGCCUUAUAAUUUUGAUUUGAUAAAUUUGCGUCUUCUAUUCUGCGUCUAUUAUUUCAUCAUAUUCUUGUCUUCGCUUAAAACUUAGUAAAACAGCGAACGAGGCAUAAAUAACCUGAAUAUAGCGCAACAGAACAGACGACCGACCGAGCAGAAAAAAAGCGUCAAAUCAGCAGAAAAUCGAAAUCUCGACAACGACGGCGGACAAAAGUUAUACGAAACGACGACAACAACAAACAUUCUUGCGCUUGUUUGGGGCAGAUUCAUUCUAUCGUCGGAAUUCCUCCAACAAAACUGGUGGCGUAAAAUUCCCUUCUAUUUCAUGGCGAGAAAUGCCAAGUGAAGAACGUGACUUAAUUCGGAACGCAUAAUACUCGUGCAACGUCAUCAUCAUCUGCAGCAAUUGCAGAUUAAUUGAAACAAAACAACGUCCUCGAAGCGGCGGGAACUCUGUCCUCCAACAAACAUCAAGAAAAGAAUUUCCAAAAAUAAAAAAUAAACGACAAAUUACAACAAAGACGAAACCAACAAAAUGAGCACCUCCCAGGGUUUAAAUGCUGCAAGCGCAUCAUCAUCUUCCUCCUCGUCAUCGGCUGGUACGACGACGACGAACACAACAACUCCAACGCUUACAAAUGGUGGCUGUGCCGCUGCCACAACAACAACAGCAACGACGACAUCAGCGACCUCAAUAUCAUCUUCAUCAGCGGUGUCGUCUGGUGGCACCAACGGCAGCAGCAGCAACGGCAGCAACAAUGAACGCAAACAACGUCUCUUUAUUACACACGUCGACUCUUUGGGACCGUAUUUGAAGAUCAGCGGUCAACUUAAUCCCGAUGCCAUGAAUGUAGUGCGUAUGCAGGUUCAAAAAAUCUUACCAAAAUGCUAUACCAUCGAACCAUCAUGGCCGGUGCAACGUCAACAGGCUCUCCUUUUGCCUGGUGCCAUGUGUCUUUAUAAACGUAUUAAUGGCGCCGCACCGGCAGAUUUUGAAUUUGUACGUUCACGCAUUACAAAAGUCAUCAACACAGCCACCCCAUCGGCGCAAACACCGCCAAAAGUGGAAAUAGAUAUUAUCGAUUAUGGCUGUACUGCAACGGUGGUCAGUUAUGAGUUACUAUUUCCACAAAAUCCAGAAGAAAUAGCAAAUGUCCCCACUAUGUGCUCGCAAUAUAUAGUUUUGGGCAUUUGCGAAGACUGGAAGAAAUCACAAUUAGAUGAAUUGACACGAAUGAUUUCACAUCAUACCGUAGAGGUUUCCAUUAUAAAAGAAUUUAAUCAAUUUAAAUUCAUCACAAUGAAAUGGAAAGAAUUCAAUAUUGCUGAAUUUCUGAUACACCAAAAGGCCAUGGGUGCACCCAUUGCCAACGAUUUGUUGUUUGAGAAUUUUUCGAAAAUUCUUAAGCAACAACAACAAAAACAGCAGCAACAAGCUGCCGCCCUCAAUAACAAUAAUAUGCCAACGUUGAAUAUGAAUAAUCAAAAGAAUAUUAACAAUAACAACAGUAAUUACUACAAUAAAAAUUAUCAACAGCAGCAAAAGUCAACACCAAUACCAACACCAGCAGCAGCAGCACAUCAUCAUCAACAAACAUCAGCAUCUAUUAUCAAUUCCAACAACAACAACAUGGCUGGUGGCAUGGCAGCAGGUGCUGCUAUUGGCGGCGGCGGCCAUCCCCAGCACCAAAUGUUGGCUGGUAGAAGUGCUCUUUCAGCACGUCUCCAACAGUUGCAACAUCCACAUCUGACACAGCAACAAAUGCACAUGGCCGCAGUCCAGCAUGGUAAUAUGCGGAAUAUUAUGAUGUCUGGCCCAGUACAGCCACGUAUGCCCCAGUCAAUUGGCAAUCUAAGAUCCAUGAUGCAAGGUAUUCAUUUACAAAACAAUCGCAUUCCCUUUACCGGUCUACAUUAUGCCCAACAAGCACCACCACCACAUACGGCCGCCGCCGCCGCAGCACAUCACCAUGCAUUAGUCACUGCCGCAACAACAGGAGGAACAUACAAUGGCCUGCCUGGAGUUAUGCCAACGUCUGUGCCACAAUUUAAUGUAUAUAAUGCACGCUAUCAGAGACCACCACCUCCAGCACAUCUGCAGCAGCAGACACUUGGUGCCAUGAAUAACGGCGGCGGCUUGACACCUUCAGCCGUGGCCGCCAUCAGUCCCCUUUCACCACCCCGUCGUACCACUCCAGCCACCUUUAAAUCGAACAAUUUGGUUGUGGGACAAAUCUACGAUGUUAGCAUUAGUUUCGUUGAGAAUGGCCCCUUCCUGUUUUCCGUCCAAUUGGUUACACAUCAAGAUGAUCUGACCGACAUGAUGAAUCGCAUCGAAAAGGUAGAGUUGAAACCGUUCAACGAUAAGCCCUUGUUGGGUACAGCUUGUAUUGCCCGCUACUCUGAGGAUGGACAGCUCUAUCGUGCUUUGAUUACCGGCGUCCAACCGAUGGCCUGUAAGGUAGCCUACAUUGAUUAUGGCAAUGCCGAAAUGGUACACUACAGAGAUUUAUAUGAAAUACCCGAAGAGUUCCUUAAAUACAAGGCAUUUGCCAUACGUUUCACACUGUCGGGCCACAAGGAAUUGGAGCCCAUAGAUGAUAGUUUGAAAAAGGCCUUUAAGGAUUUGGUUAUCUACAAAAACUGUAAACUAAAGGUAAUGCCUCUGGAAGGUCCACCCUUAGUUCAGUAUUGUGAACUGUAUAUGCAGGAGAAGAACAUACUACAUGUCUUGAGGCAAAUACAAAAGACCCGUUUGGUUUAUGCCAAGGCAGAGCCUUUGCGUAACAAUGAUGUUGUGGAGAUUCGCUACAUUGACUCGCCUAAAAAUUUCUAUGUCCAAAAGGUGGACAAUAUUCCGGCUUUCGAAAAGCUGAUGGAUGACAUGUUCUUGUACUACAAUAAAAAUCAAAAUGUACCCAAUCACUUGGCUCUCGGUGCUCCCUGUAUUGUGAAGUAUGAAAAUGAAUGGUAUCGUGCUGAGGUUCUGCGCGCCGAUGCCACAGCCAUUAUUGUACGGCAUGUGGACUUUGGCUAUGAGCAGAAGGUAACCAAGAAUCUCCUGAGUACCAUAGCGGAAAAGCAUCUUAAGCUGCCGCGCCAGGCCGUGCAGUGCUGCUUAAAGGGUUUCGAGAACAAUGAAUUGAGCAAAGAUUUGGCCACAACACAAUUCGAAAUGUUGGCCGAAGAAUCGAAUCGUGAGCGUAGGUCAUUUACUGUCAAAGUCUUUCGCAUUCAGCCGGAUGGUGUCAACCUGGUGAAUCUUUGCACCAAGGAUCUGAAUGUCAUGAAAAAGUUGUACAAACUUUCGAUGCCAUUUGAACAAUAUUUGACAUUGGAAAAGGAUGAUUUUAAUGUCCACAAAUUGGCAGCAGCCCAUGCUGAAAAUGGCCAUAAGACUCCUUCGAUUGCUUCGGAUGUAACAUCUGUCCAUUCCAGCAAGAAGGGACAGAUUUUGAAUUCCACCACUGUCCAGAGUGAAGAAUUGCGUAUGCAAAACAAACAAAAGCAGCAACAACAGCACCAGCAGCAGCAAACACAAUAUGCUCAGCAGCAGCAGCAGCGUAAUAAUCAAAGCUUCCAGAGUUCAGUCUCCAAUUCGGAGUGGGAUAAGACAAGCUCCCACAGUUCGAUGGCUGAGACGCGGGAUUCUCGCUCAACCUCCAGUGACUUUAGACCAAAUCAGAAUCAACAGCAACAGCCACAACAGCAACGUAAGCAAUACUACAAAAAUUAUCCAAAUCAUAAACAACAGCAGCAACAACAACAAUAUCAAAAUCAACAGCAGCACAGCUCCAACAAUUCCGUUGCAAGUGAUAAACGAAGCAAUGCCAGCAGUUACAAUAACAACAAGCUAAUGGCCAACAACACUCCACCAAGAUUCCAAAAUAAACAAAAACAACAGCAGCAACAACAGCAACAGAAGCAGCAGAGACCACAAAAUGCACCGCAAGGAUUCUCACAGAGUCAACUGAAACAACAUAACCAGCAACAACAACAAAAGCAACAGCAGCAGCAACAACAACAACAACAGCAGCAGAACAACAAAUCAUUCAACAGCGAAACAUCGAAGAAAUCCACAGACACUUCCAGUGAGACCUCAAAGAAAUCCCAAGAGAGUGGGGCGGCGAAACAAAAAGAAACACCCGCCUAUAAUUUUGUCCCAUUGAACAAGGGAUUCCCGGUCAAGCCCUUGGAGACACCAUGUCGCGAAGAGGUCAUUAUUUCCUGGUGGAUAUCGCCACAUCAAUUCUAUACCCAACUAAAAUCUCGGUCCGUGGAAUUUGAACGUUUCAUGAAGGAGAUUCAACAAUUUUACAGCAAAUUGCCUUUGCAACAGCUGCAGCUGCGUGUGGGCUCCCAUGUAAUGGCCCGACAACGCAAGGACAAUAUCAUCUAUCGCGCCCGCAUUUUGGCCUGCAAUCAAAUGUUGCGUAAAUAUAAGGUACACUUUGUUGACUUCGGCAACAUGUACACCGUGACUUCGGAAGAUAUUUGGCCGGUGGAAAAGAAGUUUGCCGAUUUUCCCAUUAUGGCAUAUCUGUGUGGUUUCGAUGGCAUAGUCUCGAACUAUGAUCAUCUCUAUAUCAUUGAUCGUAUGGAUAAAUAUUUGCCCCAGGGUGUAACACUGCAAUGUGAAUACAUUGAAAAGAAUUCGCAAAAUGAUUUGUACUUUGUCAAUGUUAUGGUCAAUAAGGUUUCCCUCAAGGAGACACUGAAGAAUGAAAAACUGAUUACGGAAAUCUGUCCAGAACUCCGCUUGGAUCUAUUGGCUGGCCAACAAGUACGUGCCAAAAUAUCUUCCAUCAAAGAUAUGCUUAACUUUAAAAUUCAAUUACCUUUCUAUGGCUGUGAUAAUAUCAAACACAUUGAGGUGUUGUGUUCCUACGAUGAUGUUCGCUAUGUGAAAUCCAAUCAGGAUGUUGCCAAAAAAUUCAAGCAGUUCUAUGCGGGAAAAUCCUGUGUCCUGAAUGUUAAGGAUGUCAAUGAUAAUAAAGUAGUUCUAUUACGACCCCUGCUUCCAUUGCUGAAAGAAGAUAUACCCUGGUAUAUUUGCACCGCACCCAUUCUAUUGGAUACAUUUAAGAUACGUGUUGGUUAUGUAUCAACCCCUUAUCGGGUCUAUGGACAAAUUAUUGCCACCGAAAUGGAAAUGGCUCAACUUUUGGAUGACAUGUAUAAUCAUUAUGAAAAUCAAGGUACCCUGCUUCAAUCCUUUGAACCCGAAAAGGUGUGCGCAGCCAAGGGAAGUGAUGGUAAUUGGUAUCGUGGUCGCAUUAUAAACAACAAAUCUGCCGAAGGCCCAGUGGAAGUGCUGUACAUUGAUUAUGGUAAUACGGAAUUGGUUGAGAAGAAAGAUCUCAAACAAUUGGAUGAGAAAUUCUAUUUAAAUAAGGAUGCCUAUGGUGUGGAAAUUAAUUUACCACUGAAAACCUUAUCGGCUGAGAUGCAGCAAAAACAAAAGGGUAAAAAAUCGGGAAAUAAUAAUAAUCAAGCUGGUGGUUCCAAUGAAUCCGAUAUAGCUGUAAUCAAUAAAUUGACCAGCUUGACUUUGGAUCAGGAAAUCACCGUAAAAUGUUUGGAGGUGAAGAACAAUCAUUUGAUUGCUGAGUUGAUAAUGGCCGACGGUCGUAACAUGAUUGACAUGUUGAAGGAACAGAAAUUGAUUAAAUCUCGUGAUGUGGAUUAUAUGCGCAAAGUUUUGGAAAAGGAGAAACCAAAUCAAUUGGAAUAUAUUGAGUGCGUUGAUCUGACCAUUGAGGAUGAAGAAGAGGAGACCCCAGCCAGUGCAGCGGCAAUUGUGGCAGCUGUGGGCGGUGAUAAAAAUAAGAAAGCGAAAACUGCAUCGCCCAAGAAAAAGAAGAACAAGGAAGCUGGACCGACAGAGAAAGAAAUUAAACCGGUGGAAAUUAAAGUGGAAGAAACUAAAGUGGCAGUGGAUAAGAAGGCCGCCACCGUCGCCGAACAGCCAGCUAAAACCCAGGAAACUAAAAAGCCAAUUGAAAAACCAACCAAGGAAUUGGAAAAGCCAACUGCUACUACUGUUCCCGUUACGGUCCCUGCUCCUGCUCCCGUAAAGGAAGCUAUUCCAGAACCGGAGAAAGCCAUUACACCCGAGCCUGUUGUCAAUCCCUUUGCCGACUGGGAACAUGCCAUUCUCGCCCAUUGCAAUAACCCCGCCCAAUUCUUUAUACAUCCCAUGGAUAAGGUCAAGGAUUUACAAAAGCUACAGGAAAAUCUACAAAUCGUGGCCAGCUCAUUGCCACCGCUUAUGCGUGUCAUAAAUGGUGCCUAUUGCAUUUCCAUGUAUUCGGUGGACAAACAAUGGUAUCGUGCCAAGAUUCUCGAUGCCGAAUUAAUGGUCUUACAAUUCAUUGAUUUUGGCAACACCGAUUGUGUCACCGACAACACGGAUCUCAAAGAGAUGCUGGUCUUCCCUGAUGUAGAACCUUUGUGCAUACCUUGUGCCUUACCCAUACGGCCAAAUGGCACCCUGGAUUGGCUAGAUGCUGCCAAUGCCAUAUUCAAUGAAUCUUAUACCAAGGUGCUGGACUACGAAUUCAUUACCCAUGGUGGUGAAAACAAAAAGAGCUACGUCAAUUUGUACAUCGAGGGUGUUAAUGUUACCGAGAAACUCAUAGAAGAUGGUUAUGCCAAACCAUUGGAAUUGGUGGAAUCGGGUUUGUAUUGCUAUAUCUCUCAUGUAAAUGGUAUAUCCGAUUUCUAUAUACAAUAUGAGAAGGACUCCAAGGGUUUGGAAUUGAUUGAAAUCUAUUUGGCUGACAAUGAGAAGUUGAAGAAACUGGAGAAGUUUGAAAAGAAUAAAAUUGUGGCUGCUCUCUUCCCCGAUGAUGAAAUGUGGUAUAGAGCGAAACUGGUGAGACAAGUUCCCGAUGGUUAUGAGGUUCUCUUCAUUGACUAUGGCAAUACAAGUAUUAGCCCCGAAUGCAGGGAAAUUUCCCAAGAUAUUGCCGAGCUGCCGCCAUUGUCCAAGAAAUGUGCUCUGGAGGUGCCAGAAAACUGCAAGGCCUGGUCCGAUGCAGCUGAACAGAAGUUCAUGGAAAUUGCCGCCACAGGAGAGACCAUAUUCAGUGUUGAAUUACGUGAGCCAGCCAAGGACCAUGCCAUUGUUCACUUGCUAAUCGAUGGUCAAAAUAUUAACAAUGAGCUGCAGGAGUUGUGUGAAAAGAAACCCUUACCCGAAACGGCAGCAGACUUAAUGAACACCAGUUUCAAUAGUUCAUCCCUGCAGACAUCCAUUUGCGAAACCGAAUGUCAUAAUGCCUUUGUGUCACAUGUCAAUUCUCCAUGUGAUUUCUAUGUACAAUUCACCCGAGACACUGCCCAAUUGGAGGAAAUGACCCAAGUUCUGAAUUCCACACACAUGGAAACGUUGGAGAACCCAGCUAAACUACAGCUCUGUGCUGCUGUCUAUCCCGAGGAUAAGGCCUUGUACAGGGCUCGCAUUUUGGAAAUAAUGCCCGAGAAACAGUACCGUGUUUUGUUCAUUGAUUUCGGUAAUGAGGCAGUGACCAGUGAAUUGAAAACCCUGCCGCAAGACCUGUUGAAUAUCAAGAGUUUGUCCAGUCAUUGCCAAUUGCAGAAUUAUGCCAAAUUUUUGCAAUUCGGUUCCAUUGCCACGGAAAUUUUCAAUAAUUUGAUCAAUCAAUGGGAGGGCCAGGUCCGUGUGGGAAUACUCAGUGAAGCUGAGGGCUCCGUGCCGGCCGUUGUGAAAGUUUUGGCCUUGAAUGGUACAGAUAAUCUUUGUGAUUUGUUAAACAAACAAUUGGGCCUUGAUCACAACACCCAGACAAUGACCCAGGAGGCAGUUAUGACCGAAGAAGAGCUGUUGAAGGCCACCAAAACUUGUCUCAUUUCUCAUGCCAUCUCACCGGCCCAAUUUUACAUACAAUUGAAAUCGAACUCGGGAAAAAUGGAACAAUUGGCCAAGUCCCUGGCCAGCCAUAAAGUGAAGGCAGACAUGGCGGAGUUGAAACAAGGUGAAUUAGGUAUGGUGUGUGUUGCCUUUGCCCCGGAAGAUGAUCGUUAUUAUCGUGGACGAAUUGAAAAGAUAUUGGCCGAUGACAAGGGUGGUUAUGAGGUGUUCCUCUUGGACUUUGGCAAUACUAUUGUUACAACUGAGAUACGGGAAAUGUCGGAAGAGUUACGAGCCAUUCCCUCAAUGGCCUUGCGAUGCCAAUUGAAUAAGAUACCCACAAAUGUCAGUGACUCUGUGCUGGAAGAAAGAUUCGCCACACUGAUUGAAAGCCAUUUUGGUGAUUAUUACGACAUUGAGGAAGACAUUGUGGAUGAUGAGAACACCAGGAUACAUACGGUAAAGUUACAGGUGAAUUACAAAGAUCUGGCCGAGGAAUUGCAAAAGGCAGUGGAAAGUGAUGCUGCUGGUAUUGAGGAGGCAUUUUCACCCCUACCUGAAUUGCAUGAUUGCAGCAUCAUUCACGUCAAUUCACCACAGUCUUUCUAUGUCCAGCUGAGCAAGGAUGUCUCGGCCUUGGAAAAGGUCACCGAUGUUUUGCUCGAUGCUGAGAGUGAAUUUGCCGAAUUUACCGAUAUUCAAGCUGGAGCCCUGUGCGCUGCCGAAUUUCCCGAAGAUGGUGCCUACUAUAGAGCGGAAAUUGUAGCCGUACUCGAAGAGAAUAAAUGUGAAGUACAUUACAUUGAUUUCGGCAACAAUUCCAUAACUGAUAAAUUGCGUAAACUACCCGAGGAUCUGUUGAAAAUGGAGCGUUACAGCAAACAUUGUUCGCUGGACUCCACAUGUCCCCAAACGGCUGAGGUGCAGCAGCAAUUCGCCCAAUUCGUAGAUGUACGUUUCUCUGAAACAUUCCAAUUGGAGUUUUUGAAGUCCAGUGAUUCGUUGAACAUUGUACGGCUGUUUUAUCAGGAGAAGAAUGUGAUUCAGGAACUACAAAAUGUGAUCAUGAAUGGUGGUGGUGGCAGUGGCACCGAUGCCAGCAGUGGUUUGGGUACAAUGAGCAAUGGUUUCGCCGAUACCAUCGACCAAGAGAGUAAAAAGCAAAGUAACGGCGGGGACAUAGAACCGGAACCACAACAAUAACAAAAACAAAUUACAAGAAAAAGCAAUAUGCAAAAGAUGAGAAUGAUAAUGAAAAUGAUGAAAAGAAAAGAGAAAUUGGCCUGAAUGGAAGGCUUUCAAUGUGUGUGAUGCGAUACAAAACGAGGUAGAGGGUAUAAUUCAAAGAGAUUGAGGGCAACGAAAAACAAUUCCCAUUAAAAAUGAAAAAAGGAAAGAAAUUGCAUUUAAUUUUGCAAUAAAUUAUAAUCCCUCAGCAAAAGGAUGAUGAAGAAACUAUGAAAAUAAAAUAAAUGAUAACUGAAAUCUCCUCAUCGUGUAAAUGUGUGCUGCUGCCGCUGUUCUGUUAGGCAAAUGUUUGAACUCAAAGAGUAAUAUUUUAAAUAUUUCCUAUUCCUUUUUUGUUAAUUAAGAAAAUAAUAUUUUUCUUACUAUUACUACAACAUCUGCUACAUGUGUAUGUGUGUAUAACAUGAUCGAAAUCAAUGAAUGAAUGAAUCUAAAUACGAAUAAAUAUUAUUAUUUAUUGUUUUAAACAAUAUUUGAAAAACGAAGUGAUUAUGUAUAAUCCCUGAUUAAUAGUACUACAGCAUGAAAUUGUUAUAACGAAUUCUGUUCCUUAUGAUGCCAAUAAUUUGAGGAAAUUUUGAAGUAUUCGAAAUAUUGGUGUUUACUGAAGUUUGAGAAAGGUUAUUCGAUAGCUACUUCUCUUUUAGUUUCAAACAAUAUGAAAAGACUUGAACAAUUUUUUUUUUUGAUAUUUUUAUACGACUCUUUUUAAGGGAUAUUGAAAAUAAAUCUCGUUUCUAAAAAAUGAAUAUUUUAAAUUGAAUUUUAAAAUUUAUUUUUUUGUUUUUAUUUAAAUUCUAAAUUAUUUUCUUUGUAUAUUGAAAUAAUACACAAAACGAGAAAAUCUUAAUACUUAAGGAACUUCUUAGUGGAGGAAUUUUAAUAUUAAAAAAAUAUAGUUCCAAAAAUCAAUCAUUUUAUUUGAAAGUUCUCACUUAAGUUUUCUUCAAAUGAAUUUUCAAUGUUUUGUUGUUAAAGUAAAAAAAUGACUUCAAUAUUAGGAUGUUUUUUUUUUAAUAUUUUAACCAAACAAAAUUCAAAACUAAAAAAAAUUAUUCCUUAAGAAAUUUAUUUUUUUUUUAAAUUAAGUUUUUAUUUAAAUUCCUUUUUUUUAUUAUUUUAUGUAUUCAAUUUUUUUAUUAAAAAAAAUCUAUGUGGAAAUUUAAAGUUUAGAAAAAAUUCUGAUAUUUUUUAUGAUGACAACUCUAUAUAGAUGUUGUCAGUCCUGAGGACGAACAGUUUUCACAAGCUAUUCUUGAAUUGCCAUCAAUAUACAAAAUAUGUGCUUCAGAGGUCUCAUAAUACUGCAAGAACUAAUGUAAUGCUUCUGUUCAGCAAUUCUGGGAAAUUUGACGUUGCGAGAGAGUUCAUAUGUAGUUUUGAUUUACGUGAGCCGGACAAAAAUCAUUUUAUUGGCCACUUACUUAUAGACGGUCAUAGUAAUGAGGGUGAAGAAUUUCCCCAGAGUAGCUCGUGAAUUGCCGCAAUUAUCCAAAAGAGUGACCAGAGGUCCCAUAAUACUGCAAGGCCUGAGGUAAUGCCGCUGAACAGAAAUUCGACGUCACGAGAGAGUUCAUAUGUAGUUUUGAAUUACGUAAACCGGGCACGGAUCAUUUUAUUGCUCACUUAGCGAAGAAUUUCCCCAGAGUAGGUCUUGAAUUGCCGCAAUUAUCCAAAUAAAUGAUCCAUAGGUCUCAAAACGGUAAAGCCUGGUGCGGUGUUGCUGAACAGAAAUUCAGAAAACAGAAAUUAGUCUUGAACCCAAUGAGUCGGACAAGGAUCAUGCGUUUCUUCCUUAAUUUAAGAUUACCAGAGGAAUUUCCCCCAAAUUUCCUGGAAGUUCCUAAAAUUUGCCACUCGGAACAUUUCUCGGCCAACAAAAUUUAACAAUGACUUGCAAUAGUUGUGUGAACAGCCUGCUUCCGAUAAAAAACCGUUUUCGAAGUGUAGAAUCAUGGAACACGUUUAAAAGGUUAUAUUACCUUCCAUAAAAGAAUCUUGUUUCCGCGACGGGACCGAAAGAUGUAUCUCCCAAUGAUGGUCUUUCAGCUACAAGAAUAUUUAGUCUAUAUUAAAAAUCGAAACUCCAUAGAAGUAUCACUCAAGGACUUCUAUCCAUUAAAGAGCUUUUUGAGUCCUUUAAUCCUUUCGAGACGAGGCCAAAUUAAUUAGUCUCCAUUGGCGAUCUUCCAGCUACAAGAAUAUGUUGUCUUCAUUAAAAGCCGAAAAUCCAUGAAAGCUAUUUUCAAAGUCUUCUGGAGUCCUUUAAUCAUAGAAGACCCUUUCAAGGCCUUAUAGAAGCAGUUAGGAAGAAGAAGAAGACCAUAAAUAAAAUAGCAUUUUUCUUUGAAGGAAAGGAAAAAAUUAACAUGACUUGCUGCAAUAGUUGUGCGAAAAGCUAGUUUCCGAAAAACCCUUUUUGAAGUAUUGAAUCAUAGAACACCUUUCGAAGGAAAAGAAAAUUGUUUCUGCAACGGAAACGAAUUAAUUAUCUUCCAUUGUGGGCUUUCAGUAUUUAAAAUAUUCUUGUAUAUUUUGUCUAUAUUAAAAAUCGAAAAUCCACAGAAGUAUAUCUUAAUGACUUCUAUCCAUUAUAGAGCUUUUGAAGUCCUUUCGAAGGUUCUAAUAUAACAAUGAAAGAAACCUGUUUCCGGGUCGGUGCCAAAUUAAUUAGUUUCCGAUUUUGUCUUCAUUAAAAGCCGAAAAUCCAUGGAAGCCAGUCAGUCAUAGAAGACCGCCCUCUUAAGGCCUUUAAACAUAGAAGACCUUUCGAUGUUAAUGUGUAGAUAAUGAAAUAGCAUUUUUUUAAAGAUCCAAUCACGGAUUUUUCUUAAAAUGUCCUAUUCAUUGAAGACCUUUUGAUUGAUAGAAGGCCUUUUUGGAGGUCUUCUUUUGAAAGAAGUGCCUCAUUAAAAGGAUUUUAUUUAUUAAUAUUAGAACCUUAUAUCUGUAGAAGACUUUGUUGGAGUUCCUCAGAACACCAUUUGAAAGUGUUUUAUCCAAAGGUCAUUUGAAAGCCUAUUCUUUUCAUAGAAGACCAAAAGUUUUUAUCUGACAACCCAUUUGACAUUUGACUGUCUUCUAUCCUAGAAGGCAUUUAAAAAAUCUUCUUUAUGUAAAAGAAUAGUCCAAUGUGGAUGGAAUAAACACCUUUUUUUUUACAAAAAAUCCCUUUUGCCAAUUUUAAUGUUCAUUUUUCUUGUUCUUUUCACGGUCUUCUGGAGUCCUUUAAUCAUGGAAGACCUUUCAAGACUUUUCUAAGUUAAUGCAUAUAUCAUAAAAUAGUAUUUUUCUUUAAAGAUCCAUCCUCGGAUUUUUCUUAAAAUGUCCGAUUCAUUGAAGACCUUUCGAUAGAUAGAAGGCAUUUUUGGAGGUCUUCAUUUCAUAAUGGGCCCUCCUUUAAAGGAUUUUAUUUUUUAAUAAAAGAUCGUUUUAUCUGUAGAAGACUUUUUUGGAGUUCCUCAGAACAUCAUUUGAAAGUGUUUUAUGCGAAGAAGGUCAUUUGAAAGCCUUCUAUUCUUUUCAUAGAAGAUCUAAAGUUUUUUUUGACAACCCAAAAUGUCUUCCGUUCAAAGAAGAUCUUUGACAUUUGACUGUCUUCUAUCCAUAGAAGGCCUCUUCUUUAUGUAAUAGAAUAGUCCAAUGUGGAUAUAAUACAUAUAUUUUUUACAAAAAUUCCCUAUUGUCAAUUGUAAUGUUCAUGUUUUUUUUUAAAUAUUUCAAUUUUUUUUUUAAAAAUCCUCCAAUAUUAGUUUAUAACUUUAGUAACUUCAUAUUCAUAAUUUAUACUUUUUUUUUGUUAAAAAAUCCCUUUUUUAAUUGAAAAAUUCAUAUUUUGAAUCUAGAAUCAAGAAAUACUGUUUGAAACUAAAAGAGAGACGGCAUCGUAUUUGCACCACGACUUCAAAAAAAAAAAAAAACAAAAGAGAACAUCGGUCAUUGAAAAUCUCUUUGGAAUAAAUAAAACGAAAUCAAAAGAGAAAUGUGGCAUACUAUUAACAAAGCCUCCUAAAAGUAGGCAAUGCAAGUAAAGCAAAAGUAGGCAAAACAAACGAAACGAACUAACAUGCAAACGGUGAGAAAGAAAGAGGCAAGUGAUUUUCUUUUUUCUUUUCUCGAUUCCCAUUUGCAUUGUUUUGAAUAUGUGUGAUAAAAUAAUAAUUAUUUGAAAAAAAAAAAAAAUAAAUAAAUAAAAAUAAAAAUUGAAUUUAAAUAUUUUUAUGUUUCUUGAAAAUGUUUUUGUAAUAAAAAAAAACGCCUUAAAAAGAGGUUAUAUUUUGGACCCGAAAAAAAAUCAACAAAAUUAGUUGUAAGCAAACCAUUUUUUUUCUUUUUUUUUUUUCUAAAAAUUGUAUGUGGAUGUACCUUUAAAUUAUUAAAAAUAUAACAAAAAAAGCAGCUAAUAUGUAAGUAGUUAAACUACGGCUUUCUUUUUUUCAGUAGUCAAAAAAGAAGCAAAGCAAAAAACGAAAUUUUGAGAUUGAAUUCAAAAAAGAAAAUUAAAUACAAUACAAAUUUAAAUAACUAUUGAAAACAAAUGCUGAACAUUUCUCAAAGAAAUUUCAAGUAAAGUAUUAAUUUAAUAAAACAAAAAAAAAAAAAAAAGAAGAAACAUGUUUUUUAAAAGUUUCCUUGGGAAAAAACAGGAAUUAAUUUUUUUAUUGUUGAGUUUUAUAAAUUAAAAAUAAUUGUAAGCAAAACUAAAACGAACGAAAAAUUAUAAUAAAAAAAAAAAAUAAUAACCUAUAAAGCAUUAAAUAAAUGGGCUCAUUUUUUUACAAAAAAAAAUCAGAAAUUUUCAAAAAAAAAAGAAUAAAACUAAUAUUGUAUAUUGCUCAUGGGAAGAAAUGCAUACAAUUGCAACAAGAAAUAACCUAAAAAACUGCAAUAUUUUAUUUCAAACAAGAGGUUGAUGAAUUUGUGUUUUAGUUUAAGUUCCAAAAGAAAUAAAAAAUAAUAAAAACCCUAUAACUUAUUAAUGUUUCUUUGUUUUACAUAAAUAAUACUGAAUUGUUGAUUUUUCUUUUGUUCUUUAAACAAAAAGAUUUUGUUAUUUUAUUUUACUUCAAUUUUACGCCACUCAAUACUGCAAAACUGUAAUAUCUCGUAAUUGUGAAUUAUUUAUUUUAAUAUUAGUUAGAAACAAUUUUGUUAAUUUCCCACCCUCUACCAUAACCAAACACCAACAGCAAACAAACAAUAUCCCCAAAAUACCUACCUAUCCACUUACACAUCAAAUAGCAUAAUGUACACCGCUACUAUUAUAACGAACUACUACUACUACAACAACAACUACUAUUACUAAUUAGCAAAAAAGCAACAAAACAAAGUUCAUCAUAAAUGUGUAACUAAUGUCUUCUAUUACAAAGAAA